UCGGGCCGGGUAUUCAAGCCGAGGCCUCCUGCGAAUAAAACUGGUAGAUUUUCGAAUUCUGGUGUGUGAAGGUAAUCCGGUAAUGGAUUCCACCGUAAAGUGGAAGAAGAGGCCUACAUUUCAGCGUAGUCACAAGGCGCCGAUUCUCCUCUCUGUCUUCGUCAUUAUUGCUCUCUUUGUUUCCUCCAAAACCUUGAUUUCCCCAGCUCUUCGCAAUUCCCGAUUCUUCAUCAAGGCGGGAUGCGGUGGCAGCGUCGGAGCUUCGGGAGAAAGGUUCCUCUGGUACGCGCCGCACAGCGGGUUUAGCAACCAGCUGUCCGAGUUCAAGAACGCCAUUCUGAUGGCGGCGAUUUUGAAGCGGACGUUGAUUGUUCCUCCUAUUCUGGAUCACCACGCCGUCGCCUUGGGCAGCUGCCCCAAAUUUAGGGUUUUGGAUCCGAAUGAAUUGAGAUUCAAAGUCUGGAAUCACAGUGUCGAGCUCAUUCGUGAUCGCAGAUAUAUUUCGAUGGCUGAUGUAAUUGAUCUCUCAUCUCUAGUGUCUGGAUCAACCGUCAGAUUCAUAGAUUUCAGGGCUUUCGUAUCAAUGUGGUGUGGGGUGAAUCUCAACUUGGUUUGCAGUGCAAAAUCAGAUAUGUAUUCCUCUUUUCUCGAGAAGAUGAACAAAUGCGGAUUAUUCCUAUCUGGCUAUGACGGCAACAUGGACAAUUGCUUGUAUGCUUCGCAAGAAGAUUGCCGAACCACAAUAUGGACAUUCCAAGCAGAUGAUGAUGGAAUUCUUGAUUCAUUUCAAGCUGACGAAGAACUGAAGAAGAAACGGAAAGUUUCAUUCUUGAGGAAAAGGUACGAUGUCUACAAGGCUCUUGGUCCCGGCUCAGCAGCUGAACCGGCCACAGUUUUGGCAUUUGGUAGCCUCUUUACUGCACCGUACAAGGGAUCUCAAUCUCACAUCGAUAUUCAAGCAGCUCCAAGAGAUCGAAGGAUCCAAUCCCUGAUUCAAAAAAUGGAGUUUCUUCAUUUUGUGCCGGAAAUUUUAAAUGCUGGUAGGAAAUUUGCUCUCAACACGAUUAAGGCUCCCUUUCUUUGCGCACAACUGAGGUUACUCGAUGGCCAAUUCAAGAACCAUUGGAAAGGAACUUUCCAUGCCUUACAGCAAAAUCUGGAUUCGUUGAAACAAAAGGGCUCUCUCCCGAUUCAUGUGUUUGUGAUGACUGAUCUUCCUCGGCAUAACUGGACCGGAACCUUUUUGGGGAAUCUGCAAAAAGAUUCGAAUGUCUUCAAGCUUUUCGUUCUGGGAGAAGAAGAUGAGCUGGUUUCUGAAACUGCCAAGAAAGUUUUAAAUGCGGGCUAUGGUAUGAAGCUUCAAUCUGAUCCAAGCUACUUUGACAGAACAGAUCAGCAUUGCAGUGCACUAUCAUUUCCCGAAAUGCUCCUCUACAUCGAAGAAACUAUAUGCAGCUGCGCUCCUCUGGGUUUUGUCGGCACAACAGGAUCGACCAUUGCUGUAACCGUCGAAUUGAUGAGGACACACGGUGUAUGUUCGUGACGAAGAAAAACCAAAUUUUCUGUCACGAUUAGCUGGAGAUGGAGAUACUACAGCAGAAUCGUCACUCAAACCAUGGUUACGAUGGCUGGUGGAAACGAACUUUCGAGUUCGAGGUUUUCUGGCUGUGUGUAUCCGACCAGAACACAGAAUCAAGAGCAGAUAUAUGGUGCUGAUAAGGUCUAUCUUUCCUUCAAAACUUGAUAGAGAGGUUUGAGUGCGAAAUCUAAUUCCAAUUCCAGGUCAGUUCUGUGUUAUGGUAAUUGCAAGAAGAGAAUUUGAUAUUGAAAUAUUUGUUUCAGAAUUACACGUGAAUUUCCAGAGUCAAUCCAGCUGUUUAUUCUCUACGGCAAACAUUUUGCACGUUGAAGAUGUGUUCAAAUGUGAGUCUUUAUUUUGAAAUUAAUAUAUAUAUAUUUAUUUAAUAUGAUGGAAACAAAUAU